AACUCAAUUAAUGCUGUCACAGUCACCAUGCCGUCUUACGAAGAAUUGAGAAAAACCAAUCACUUCUAUUAUUUCGUUAAGUUCUCUCUAAAUGUCUAUUCAAUGCUAUUCUCGUUGCUCGGUCUGUGCGUGCUAUGUAUUGGAGUGUAUGCAGAAGUGGAGAGACAGAAGAAUCGCACCCUGGAGGGGGUGUUUUUGGCUCCUGCUGUGGUUCUCAUACUGCUGGGUCUCGUCAUGUUUACUGUGUCUUUGAUUGGGAUGGUGGGAUCUCUCAGGGACAACAAGACUCUGCUGCACAUGUUCCUGUGUGUCCUGUGUGUUUUGCUGGCUCUCCAGGCUCUUGCCCUCAUCAUUGCCCUGAUCUUUGAAAAGACGACAAUCAAAUUAUUUCAGAAAAGUAUACGUGAGGGAAUCAAGCACUACUAUGAUGACCUGGACUUCAAGAACAUAUUGGACUACGUGCAAGAGAAGUUUUCUUGUUGUGGGGGAGAUGAGUACAAGGAUUGGGAAGUAAACCAGUACCACUUCUGCAAUGGCACGAGUCCUUUGGCCUGCGGCGUUCCCUACACCUGCUGCAUCCGUCAAAGUGUCGGAGAAGUUGUGAACACACUUUGUGGCUACAAAACUCUAAAUCAGCAGCGUGAAGCUUUAGAUGGCAUAAUUCAUGUACGUGGCUGCAUACAUGCUGUGAACCUGUGGAUGGGGGACAACAUUGGCGCUACUAUUGGAAUUUGCUGUGCGGUUGGACUGCCACAGCUUCUUGGUAUUCUCCUGAGCUGUGUCUUCUGGAAUCUUUUGGUGGAGAUGAGUGAGUCUGAAGACAUGGUGGACUUUAAAUUCCUAAAACGUGGUUUUGAGUACAGCGAACUGGACCUCUCGGGUGCUGGAUGGUGUAUGUGUCUACCUCGUGACGAAGGGUACCUGCCUGUACCUGUAGCAGAGCCUGACACCUGGACUCCAGACCCCAUCCCUUUUGACCUGGAACAAGAUCAGCCCAAAAUAGCCUUUACACAUUCCCAACUAAAGAGCCAAGGAUUUCUGUCAGGUGUGGGAAUGGAUGAAGUGGACAAUCGAGCUUAAGAACCACAAAGAACAGAAAGUUGCAUCUUAAGCAUUUUGUUUUUUUAAUUGUUAUUUGUAUAUAAAAGGUUUGUCUUUGCACUGUGUUAAGAUAAAGUGAGUUAGUUGCACUACAUGUUGGUAAAAAUGUUUUUAGGCAUGAAAAAAGGAGAGGUUUGUAUAAAACAUUUGGUAAUUGAGGGAAUCAAGGUAGGAGAUAUCCACAGGCUUGUAUUAUCAGAAUUUUAAGAACAUAUCACUUCAAAUGCUGUUUACAUAGUCUGUUAUUUUUCACCAUUUUAAUUCAUUCUGUGUCUUAUGAUAUUAAGGGAGUUUGACUUGUUUUAUUGGUCAUAUUGUCAUUUAAUAGUUUAUAAGGUGCAAAAAAAGGAUUCUAUAUUAAUUAAUUGUUGGCAAUCAAUUUUUGAAAUGUUUUUAAAAUAAUUUAUUAUGUCCUUUAGGCCUAUAUUUCAAUGAGUUCAAGGAAAUUGGUAGUUUUGGAAUUCGUCAAAGAUUAUGACUGUUGUGACUGGCAGAUGAAGCUGGGCAUUCAUCUCUUGUCUAUGCAUUGUUUCUAAAAUCUUUUAUAUUCAUGUUUUUAUAUUACAUUGUCAUGAACCCAACUCUCAGAGAAUAGAAGGAACAUCGGAAUAUUAUGGAUCUUCUUUUUCUUUUAAAAGAGCAUGUGGUUUGUGUAAUGCCGACAUUUUUCAUUAACGGUAAUAAGUACCAAUGAAAUUAUUAUUUAUUAAAGUUUUGCCUUAAGUACAUCAGAAGCUUUCUUACCUCAGGCUAUUCUGGAAUAGCCGCAUUGAUUUGCAGGUAAUUUGUAGGUAGGAUUUUUUAAGUUGUUGAAAAAGGGAGUCCUGGCAUUGUUUAACACUACUUGAAGUUUAAUUUGUCUUGAAGUAAGGCUAAAAAUGAAUGUUUAGUUGUCAUAAACUGCUGUUUUAAAUGUAUGGCCCAUGUUUUAUCUUUCUUAGGUGUAUAAAAAGAUUGAAAAAAGUUUGGCUUGAAGGAUGUCAUAAUUAUGACUCUCUGCCAUAAAUGUACAAAAACCCACCUUUUAGCUGUAGGUAGUCAUUCUGAAAUACCUCACGAUCGCACCCCUUUGCUAAUAGACAUUUUGAUGAUUUUGUUAAAGUUGAUUGCUGCGCUCCAGCUAAUGUAGCUCUGGUUUUGUAGUAACAUUAAUGUGAUUUUCAAUAAAAUUUGCUUGAAUUAACCUUUUAAA